CAUUUAUAAGUGUGGUAAAAGAUAUCGUAAACGUAAACAUUCUAACCUGCAAAGUCUUCAUUCCUUUUGUUAUUAUUUAAUAAAAAGUAUUGGCUACACACAUAAUAUUUAAAGAAAAUGGCUGGUUCGAGCUCAGUUCGAGUGUUAUCCUUCUCCCCGGAUAAAACACACAGCGAAUUCGAAAGAUGGGUGUGCAUUUAUCCUGCAUACAUCAACAAAAAGAAGUCUAUUCAGCAAGGCCGACGCAUUGCGAAAGAGAAAUGUAUUGAUAAUCCCACUCAUCAAGAGAUCAGAGAUGUGCUAGUUGCAGCAAACUUGAAAGUUGGUGUGGAAAACAAACUCUACAGCAGAGAAAGAAGUAAAGAACUUUUACACCGUGGCCGUAUUCGUGUACAACUAAAGAAUGAUGAUGGCGAGCUAUAUAAUGACCAAUUUCCAUCCAGGGAGAGCCUUAUGCUGCAUGUUUGUGAAAUGAUUCCCAAACUAAAGUCAAGACAAGUGAAACCUGGUGGAGAACAGCAACAGCCUGCACCCAGUACUGGUGGUGGCAAGGGCAAAGGCAAAAAAGGACGUCGUUAGCUACUGAUUAUCAUUUUUGUUUGGCAUGUAUUUUUAUUUACGUUUGUUUGCAAUAAAUCAAUCACAUUUGA